AUGACAGAGGCAGCAAUUCGCGACGGCGCAGCAUUAGAGCUGAACCGAGUCCCAACCUCGCACCUGAUUAAUGAUAUCGUUCAUAACGUUUGUUGGACCGACCUGAAUGUCACUGUCAAGGAUCGAAGCACUAAAAAACCGAUUUCCAUUCUUACCAACUCCCAGGGUAUUGUCAAUGCUGGGGAACUCCUGGCCAUCAUGGGCCCGAGCGGCUCAGGCAAGACCACUCUCCUGAAUGCACUGGCGUUUCGAGAGGCCGCUGCGGGCGCAACGACAACGGGAGAUGUCUUGGCCAAUGGACAAAAGUUGGACUGGAAGAAGAUUCGCCAGUUGUCCAGCUAUGUUGAGCAAGAAGAUGCUCUGAUCGGUAGCUUGACAGUCAGAGAGACCAUGAAAUUUGCAGCAGGUCUCGCAUUGCCCAGCCACAUCUCUUCCAAAGAACGAAAACAGCGAAUUGACGACUUGAUUGCGAGCUUUGGUCUUCAGGGUCAACGCGACACCAUCGUUGGAACACCCAUCAAGAAGGGGCUCAGCGGAGGCCAGAAAAAGCGGUUAGGCGUCGCAAGUCGGCUUGUGACUGACCCAAGGAUAUUGUUUCUUGAUGAGCCGACCAGCGGGUUGGAUUCGUCACUAAGCUUCGAAGUGAUGAGUUAUAUCAAGUCAAUUGCCAAACAAAACCAGCUGGUUGUGAUCGCGUCGAUUCAUCAGCCGUCAACAUCGACAUUCAAGCUGUUUGACAAGCUCUGCCUGCUGUCCCGCGGUAAGACUUGUUACUUUGGGCCAUUGCAAAAGGCACACUCUUAUUUCAACGACAUCGGAUACCCUAUGCCCACUGAGACCAACCCGGCCGAGUUUUAUCUUGACAUGAUCAACACCGACCUCGCGAAAGAAGAUGAUGAAAUUUUCAAAAGGACAAACCAUAUUAUACAAUCCUGGAGCUCGGGCGAGCAAAGUUCGAAGCUGGCAGAGGACAUCCAAAAAACGCAGUCUCUGGCAACAAACGAGAAAGAAGUUCCAGACCUGGAAAAGAUGGCACUCGGCAAGCCAAGUGCGUGGAUGAUACCACUGGUGCUCCUACAACGGUCCUGGAUUAAAGCUUGCCGCGACAUUGUGGCGUACCAUAUCCGUAUCGUCAUGUAUCUUGGCCUCGCUAUUCUAAUGGGAACGGUGUUUCUCCGAAUGGGGUCGAGCCAGAGGUACAUCCAGUCUUUCAUCAACGCCAUCUUCUUUGGGUCAGCAUUCAUGUCCUUCAUGGCAGUGGCAUAUGUUCCAGCAUUCCUCGAGGAUCGGGCUACGUUUACCAAGGAACGAGCAAACGGGCUGGUUGGACCGUUGGCCUUUAUGGUAUCGAAUUUCAUCAUCGGCCUCCCGUUCCUGUUCAUCAUCGCCGUCCUCUUCUCGGUGGUCGCUUAUUUCCUGAGCAAUUUCCGGACGACUGGAGAUGCUUUUAUGAUGUACACCAUGUGGCUAUUUCUGGAUCUUCUGGCGGCCGAGUCGUUGGUCGUUCUUGUGUCGGCGCUGUUCCCUGUUUUUGUCAUCUCACUGGCGGUCACAGCAUUCGCCAACGGGCUGUGGAUGUGCGUUGAUGGCUUCUUGGUUCCCAUGAACAUCCUGAACCCCUUCUGGAAAUACGUCUUUCAUUAUAUUGACUAUCAGUCAUAUGUCUUUCAAGGCAUGAUGGUCAAUGAAUUCAAGGAUCGGACUUAUAAUUGCGAUCGGGUAGGCGACGGGUUUCAAUGCAGCUACGCGAGCGAGCUGAAUGCGCAAGGCCAAAUUGCUGGACCUGCUGUUCUUAGCGCAUUUGGGAUCUCACUGGGAAGAGAAGGUGAAUGGGUUGGGAUCAUGCUUGGAAUUAUUGCUGUGUAUCGGAUUCUGGGGUAUAUUGUGCUCUAUUGGAAGAAAAGCUAA